AUGGGCCCUGAGGGGCACCGGAAGGGGAGCAGACCACCCCCCACCCAGAGCAGCUCCAGUAAGAACCAACAACCACGUGGGGAGAAAGGCAUCUCCUCAGCCGCCCUCCUCAUCAGCACCCCCCCACCCCACCCCCAACCUUCCUCAGCCCCCCCACCGUGCCCUCAGAUGCUCAACACCCCCUCCUCCUCAGCCCCCUCCUCCGCAGCAUCCUCCACAGCACCCCUCACCCCACUCCCAACGCCCCUCCUCACUCUCCACACCGUGCCUUCAAUCCUCCUCAGCACCCACUCCAAUUUUCCUCAGCCCCCGCACUUCCCCCGACGGUCCCCGGGCCCUCGGAUCCUCCUGGGCGCCCCGGCCCCUCCGAUCCUCCUGGGCGCCCUGGCCCGGGCCCCGGCUCUCCGUCUCCUCCGGGACCCCUCGCCUUCCCCGCUGCCUCCUCAGCCCCGGCCCGAGCCCGGCCCGUUACCUCCUCAUGGCCCCGCCGGCCGCAGGAUGCUCAAGCCACGUGACCUGCCGGGGCCGGCGGGGGGGGAGCGGGGGCGGGGCGGAGCGCGUCGUCGGUCCCCCCACCCCCGGGCGCACUGCGCCGCCGCUCUGGAAGCCCCAACCUGGAUCGAGCUGGGGAACCCGAUUCCUCCGCGGACGCCGCGCUCGCGGACGCCGCGCUCCCGGACGCUGCACAGUGUUCCCUUCACCCGGGGAUUGGACGCUCGUGGGGGCUCCCUAGCCCGUCCGCACGCCUAA